AUGGAUGCUGUCGAUCCGGUCUGCACUCUUUGGUUUCAUGCCGCGUGCUACAGAGUGACACGACUGCUCACGGCCGAGCAAGAUGGAGAGGCCUACAACAACGGCACGUACGGAAAGAAGCCCUGGCAGAGCUUCAUUUCGUCACCCGUCCGUGCCCCACGACUCAUGAUCAACCAGUGGGACAAGUCCAAAUGCGAGCCAGCCACGCACAUCUUCACGGCGAUCGACCUCGACGGGCAGCAGCGAUCCCCUCUGAUCCUGCGCGCCGACGACCUGAGCAUGGUGUAUGGCGACCCGUCCUGGGAAGGCGGCACCGACCUCCGGCCCCAGCAGUACAACGGCUCGACAUACCUGACCUUCUUCUCGGGCCAGGACCACGAGUCCUGGGGCAGCGGAUCCAGCGUGAUGCUCGACUCGGCGUACCGCGAGGCGCUGCGGCUGACGCCCGAGGGCCUCGAGAACGACUCGGACCCGCACGACUUCAGCAUCACCGACGACGGCACGGCGCUCUUCACCAACUUCCACCUCAAGCGUGGGGACUGCACGAGCGUGGGCGGGCCCGGCGGCCAGGAGUGCCGGAUCUGGGAGUCGGCCUUCCAGGAGCUCGACAUUGCGACGCGCACGCCACGGUUCACGUGGUUCGCCAGCGAGCACGUCGCGCUCAACGAGUCGCUGCUGCCGUGGACGCCCGAGGGAAAGCACCGCAAGGACAACUCGUGGGACUUUAUGCACCUCAACGCCGUGUCCCGCACGCGCGACCGGAAACACUACCUCGUCAGCGGCAGGCACAUCUCGGCCGUGAUGCUCAUCAACGGCGCCGACGGCGCCCGCGUGUGGCAGCUCGGCGGCAGGGAGAACAUGUUCCGCGACCUGAGCGGCGGGCGGGCGACGAGCUUCCACGGGCAGCACCACGCGCGGUUCUGCAACGAGGAGGAGACCGAGAUCAGCGUGUUUGACAACCAUUCGUUCGGCCAGGUCCACGCCCAGACGCCAGGGUGCGAAGGGCCUGCGUGCAGCCGCGCCGUCCGUGUCCGGCUCGACUACGAGGCCAUGACGGCCGAGAUUGUGUCCGAGUGGUGGCACCCCGUGAGCGUGCAGGCCCGGGCGCAAGGGGGCCACCACGUGCUUCCCGGCGGGGGGGCGAUGGUGGCCUGGGGUGUGGUGCCGGCACUUACCGAGUUCACCAAGGACGGAGAGGUGUGCAUGGAUGUGCAGGUCGGGCCGUGGUCGACGAGCUACGAUGGCGAGAGCAAUCUGUACCGCGCGUACAAGUUCAACUAUACCGCCACGCCGUACUGGGACCCCGAGGUCGCAGUGGUGGAUGACAUGGUGUACGCGUCGUGGAACGGGGCGACAGAGGUGGAGCACUGGGCUGUUUACGGCGGUGAAACUGAGAACAGCAUGGAAAAGCUGGCCGAGUCGGAACGCAAAGGUUUCGAGACAGCCAUCAAGCUCGGAAGAAUGCCGCUGAUGAUACGAGUGUCAGCUCUCGACAAAGACGGCCAGACACUGCGUUCGUCAAGAACAGUGACGACUGUGCCCAUAAUCAGACCACGGCGGAGCAGACUUGACUAGAGGUCAGGAGAGGGACAAGUCUAAGCCCCACGAGGGAAAAGAGUCCUUUUAAAUGUGUACAGGUAAAUAGCAUGUGGUAUCAUGAAGUAUGCAUCAGAUCUAUCGCUUCAAUGCAGUCUAAACCCCCAACUCACAUCUCACGUGUCAGUCUUGACGACGCCCAGUCUCGUAAACUUGCCCACAUCCUUGCCGCCCUGGAACUCGACAACUUGGGCGCUUUCCUGGCCGUUCUUGUCCUUCCCACUGACGAGGCAGUACACCCUGCCCUGGGGAUUCGCAGCGAGCACCCCCUUUGCCGCACACUCUGCCAGGUCCGCCACGGGAUCACUCAGCGCGUUCCAUCG